CGGGAGGAUCUGGAAAUCUGGAGGCCAGCUCGAGAGAGCGCGGUAACUGUCGAGACUGGCCAUCUCAACACGGGGCGGACGAGAGCCAGUGAUUUGCCGGCGGAACGUGGUCUGCGAUUGGCCAGCGCCGUCCGGGAUUGGCGGCUAAGAAAGCGGACGGUUGCCCGUAGGCCGGCGUGGAGAGGGCGGGGCCCCCAGGGCUGCGCGUCGACGGGCGGCGCGUAAGGCGCGGCGUGCGGCCUCGUUCGGCGACGGGCCCGGGGAUGGGAUGCCGGUCUUUUAUUGGCGAAUUCCGCUCGGGGCGGGCCAAGUGGAACGCCGAGCGGUCAGCGAUUGGCCGGCGCGGCUGGCGGCGGGCAUGCAGACCGCGAAGACAGCGUGCGAUUGGCCGGCAUGGGCGGGGCGGCCGGCGCCCUGGUUCCUGCGCCCCGGCGGGCGAUGGCGGCCGGCGGCUGGCGCUGGCUGCGUGGCCUUUGGGCCGCGGGGCAGCCCCUGUUCCAAGGCCGUGCGCUGCUCGUCACCAACACGCUGGGCUGCGGCGCUCUCAUGGCAGCCGGGGACGGCGCGCGCCAGUCCUGGGAGAUCCGCGCCCGGCCCGGCCAGAAGUUCGACCCCCGGCGCUCAGCGAGCAUGUUUGCGGUGGGCUGCAGCAUGGGCCCCUUCCUGCACUACUGGUACCUCUGGCUGGACCGCCUGCUCCCCGCGUCCGGCCUCCGCGGCCUCUCCAACGUCCUCAGGAAGGUCCUCGUGGACCAGCUGGUGGCCUCUCCCCUGCUGGGCGUCUGGUACUUCUUGGGCCUUGGCUGCCUGGAGGGCCAGACCCUGGAUGAGAGCUGCCAGGAGCUGCGGGACAAGUUCUGGGAAUUCUACAAGGCCGACUGGUGCGUGUGGCCCGCUGCGCAGCUGGUGAACUUCCUCUUCGUGCCCGCCCCGUUCCGAGUCACCUACAUCAACGGCCUGACGCUGGGCUGGGACACAUACCUCUCCUACCUGAAGUACCGGGAGCCUCAGCGACCAGUGACGGAGAUGUCCCAUGCUCAGCAUGGGGCCCCAGCCAGUCCCAAGCCCCAACCCCUCAAUACUGCUAUGGGCUCCCCCACGCCCUGGGUCCCAGGUGGGGAAAUGACCUGUCCCCUCUCAGCAGAGCCUGCCUGGAGUCGCUCGCAGGCUCUGGGGCCAUAGGCAGGGCCAGGCAGCCUCCAGUCUCCUCCUCUGUCACGGACUGUGGAGAUUCUAUUAAAUUCUCUCUGUAACUGAAAACCUUGUGGGUGACCAAAGCCAGCGCUGGGCCGGCGCUCAUAGAGACA